CAGACCUCUUCUAUAAUUCCACUAUGGCUGCGGAGACAGAUAUCAUGAACAAAAGCAGUAUGCUGCAAAUACACUUAGAAAGGCCUCUCUAUGAACACGAAAUGCUGAAUCAAAAUUAUGAUUAUGAGAAACCAAAGUCAUCCUUGAUGCAGAAUGUGAUAAACAAUGUUAAGUCAAAGAACUGGCAGUCUUGUAUAGUGUCAACAGUCCCAGUGAUACAAUGGCUCAGCCAAUAUAAUUGGAGGGAAGAUAUAUUGCCUGAUAUUAUUUCAGGCCUAACAGUAGCAAUUAUGCAUAUACCGCAAGGUAUGGCUUAUGCGCUUCUAGGAAAUUUGCCGCCAGUAGUUGGCAUAUAUAUGGCCUUCUUUCCCGUUUUCAUAUAUUUCCUUUUCGGCACAUCCAAGCAUGUAUCUGUAGGAACUUUUGCUGUGGUUUGCCUAAUGACUGGUAAAGUAGUCACAUUUUACUCAAAUCCAUAUGUCGGACACACAUUUGCAAAUGCUACGGAUGCUGUUUUACAAAAUCUCCAAGAUAUCGCAUAUGGAUAUACACCUAUGCAGGUAGCAACAGCUGUGACAUUAAUGGUCGGAAUAUUUCAGAUAAUAAUGUAUACAUUCCGAUUAGGCAUUGUAACGACUUUGUUGAGUGAAACUUUAGUAAACAGUUUUACAACAGCAGCCGCUGUUUAUGUUUUAAUAUCUCAAAUCAAAGAUCUUCUUGGUUUAAAAUUGCCAAAGCAAAAAGGUUACUUCAAAUUGAUUUUUACUAUUAUAGAUGUAUUUAAAGAAAUAAAGAAUACCAAUAUAGCUGCUGUAACUGUAUCGACUGUAUCAAUUAUUAUUCUUGUUGUCAAUAAUGAAUAUCUAAAGCCAAGAAUGAGCAAAAAAUGCAGCAUACCAAUACCCAUUGAACUUAUUGCAGUGGUUGGUGGAACAUUAGUCUCUCGAUAUUGUGAUUUACCAAAAAUUUAUGAUAUUGAAACCGUUGGGCAUAUUCCUACGGGAUUGCCCAAGCCAGAAGUGCCAAGUUUCGAAUUAUUACCCUUAGUGUUGGUUGAUAGUAUUGCGAUAACCAUGGUUUCAUAUACUAUCACUGUAUCAAUGGCGUUAAUAUUCGCACAAAAACUUAAUUACGAAAUAGAUUCGAAUCAAGAACUUCUUGCAAUGGGUUUUAGUAACGUAAUGGGUUCUUUCUUCUCCUGCAUGCCAAUAUCGGCUUCCUUGAGUAGAUCUCUUAUUCAGCAAACCGUCGGGGGACGUACGCAGAUAGCGAGUAUUGUAUCUUGCUUAUUAUUGCUUAUUAUACUUUUGUGGAUCGGGCCAUUUUUUGAGCUUCUACCAAGAUGUGUCUUGGCUUCCAUAAUAGUUGUAGCGUUAAAAGGAAUGUUUCAACAAAUCAAUCAACUCAUUAAAUUUUGGAAACUAAGCAAAAUCGACGCUGUAAUUUGGAUUAUAACGUUUUUCAUGGUAAUAUUGACAAAUAUCGACAUUGGAUUGCUCGCUGGAUUGCUCGUGUCACUGGUCAUGAUUCUAUUGCAAGUUAUUCGACCUUAUACAUGCUUAUUGGGUCAUAUACCGCAUACAGAUCUGUAUUUAGACAUGGGUAGAUACAAAGCGGCGGUAGAGAUACAAGGAAUAAAAAUAUUUCACUAUUGUGGGACUUUGAAUUUCGCCAAUAAUAGCUUUUUCAAGUCCAUUGUAUACAAACUUGUGGGAGCGUGUCCACAAAAAAUUAUUAAGUACAGAAAAAAAUUGGCCGAAGAGGGUCGCUUUUUGGAUGAGAAAAACUCCAGAAAGAGAUGUGAAUUGCAGUGUAUAAUCAUGGAUAUGAGCGCGUUAAGUUACAUCGAUCCCAGUAGCGUUCAAGUCCUGCAUGUAAUCGUAGAGGAAUUUACUCAGGUACUUAUAGCUGACUGUUGAGUGGAAAUAGAAGCAUAAUAACAAAAGUUUUUUGUUAUUUUUCAAACAAGGUAUUUUUCACCAAACUUCUAAAAUUUUUCAACUUAUGCAAAUUUUUGUUUUCGCGACAUACGACGACGCACUAAUAUCACAUGUAUUGAUGGUUGUCUUCUUCGGUUCUCAUAUGCAUAUUUUUGCACAUUUUUAUUUUGUCGUUUCCCACCAGUAUCUCAAAAAUUAAUAACAUUUUAAAUUUGACAAAUAUUCUUGGAUUUGUCGAAAAAAUAGGUCUGUUCGUGUUGUUCGCAUUUUUUGCACUCGGCAUCUUCGCUUUCUUUCUUUUCAAAGCCAAAUAUAUAUAUAUAUAUAUAUCUAUCAUUUUAAGUGCAAAAAUAUUUGGGGAUUUCAUGCAAUGCAAACAGACCUUAUGCUACAUAGCUCACAAAACAAAUUCAGUGUCUUUUUUAUUUUCAUUGCCUUGCCAAAUCGAAAUAAAUUGAUGAAGCCUUUAUAUAAUUUAAUUAGAGAUUCUCCAUUUUAUUACAAUAUGAAACUACAUUUGUUUCAUUCACAUUUUAAGGUUGACUUUUGGCCAGUUUUUCCAACUUCUAUCUCACUGUACAUACAUUGGUUCAAUA